UUGACGUGCGGGUAUAUUUUACUUCGCCUGUUGUUGACCUACAUUUUGAGCAAUCCUUGGCAAGUUAGCGUAGGCAAACAAUGUCUUGUAAACUAGUCACCACGUCGUUCACCCGCACACUAUGGACCGGAGGAAACAGAUUCCCUCUUCUUACAAGAUCGACAAAACUAAACCGCGUGUGUAUCACGCACGGCGUGUGCACUGGGCAAACCCUGCAGGGCCACGACGGCACAAAAGAAUCAAGUUGCUUCAGCGGGCGGAGUGGCGACGUGCCACAGUGCAGCGAGCCGCCCCUCAGAGCCACCACUACGGCCAGACAGCUACCAGAGGAGCCCGCUGGCGUUCCGGGUGUGACUGGCGUAAGAAAACGCUCAUACACGUCCAACGCAGCGCCACUGGAUCAAAAGUCUUACCUGUGGGCUCGUUAUAAUGAGCUGAAACGUAUGGUUCACGAGCUUAUUCCACCGGGCGCGUGCAAGUCCCUAAACUCGUCCACUAUCUACUCCAACAAUGAGGUCAGCUUGGCUGAAGUGGACAUCUACGGCUUCGACUACGACUACACGCUGGCUCUGUAUUCUAAUGCUCUCAACACAAUGAUUUACAACACAGCCAGGGACUUCCUCGUUGAACACUUCAAGUACCCUGAGGGUAUCCUCAAUUAUGACUACAUUCCCAACUUUGCAGCACGGGGGCUUCACUACGAUAUUCAAAAGGGUCUCCUGAUGAAGAUUGACGCUUUCCAUUACAUUCAGACAGGAACAGUAUACAGGGGUCUGAAGCCAGUCCCAGAUGAGGAGGUCCUCAAGCUCUAUGGGGGAAGUUACCACAUCCCUCUGCAGCAGGAUAGUGGCUUCUAUGGAAAGGGCCCUAAGGUGAAACAGUUCAUGGACAUCUUCUCUAUCCCUGAGAUGACGCUUUUGGCUGCGGCAAAUGAUUUCUUCAUAACCAACGACAUUGAUUAUGAUCCAGUUCAUCUUUCCAAAGAUGUCUCUGAAGCGAUUGGCAUGGUCCACCUCAAAGGCUUCAUGUACAAGUGGAUCAUGCAAGACCUCGGCAAGUACAUCCUCAGAGGGGAAGAGACAGAGGCAGUUUUGCACCGACUCGUCAGUCAUGGAAAGAAACUCUUCCUCAUUACCAACAGUCCCUUCAGCUUUGUGGAUAAAGGAAUGACGCACAUGGUGGGAAACAAGUGGAGGGACUUCUUUGACGUCAUCAUUGUGCAGGCAGACAAACCGCACUUCUUCACAGACUGUAUCAAGCCCUUCAGACGCCUCGAUGGGAACGGAGACCUUCGGUGGGAAAAAAUUAACAGUUUGGACAAAGGGCACAUCUACAAACAGGGAAACCUGUUUGACUUUCUCAGGUUGACUGGCUGGCGAGGGUCAAAGGUUCUUUACUUCGGAGACCAUCUCUAUAGUGACUUGGCUGACCUGAUGCUGCGACAUGGCUGGCGUACAGCUGCCAUCGUACCUGAACUGGAACAUGAAACCAAGGUUGUAAGCACAGAGCGGUAUGCCCUUAGCCUCACGUGGCUGCAGGCCCUCACCGGUCUGAUGGAGCGGUUACAGAUGCACCGUGAUGCCGAGUCGAAACAGGUGUUUGAGGAAUGGCAGAAGGAGCGAGAGGAACUCAGGGUAAUGACAAAGAACUUGUUCAACCCUCAGUUCGGCAGCAUCUUCAGAACGUGCCACAACCCCACGUACUUCUCCAGACGCCUAUCUCGCUUCUCAGAUGUCUACAUGGCCUCCCUCAGCUGCCUUUUGAACUACGAUCUCUCGCACACCUUUUACCCACGUCGAACCCCUCUGCAGCAUGAGGCGCCGCUGUGGAUGGAUCAGCUCUGCACCGGCUGUAUGAAAACACCUUUUCUGGAGGAGAUGUCCCACAUACGAUGAGUUCCGCUGCACAGAUAGGUUUCACUUCUUGCGCUUUGUGCAUACUUGAUUGCCUUAUAUGACAUGGAUAUGUUUGGGUGAAGGAAGGUGGUACAAAACGGUGCAUAGUGACCAGCAUAGCUAACGAAGUACAUGAAACAGCUUGCAGAAAGCAUAGUAUCUGGGCUGCCAUUUACUUCUUAAAAUGUUUUAACGUAAAUACGCACAAUUAGCUUUUAUACUUUGUGGAAAUGAGAUAGCUGUGCAGACAUUGCAUGUGCAAUUCACUCUUUCAACCGAAGCAGCCUGUUACCUCUAUAAUCUGACUCGUACAUGAAGGAAUGCACAUGGAGGAUAUAGCUUUUAGCGUCAUUUAUUGAUCAGAAAUAUCAAUAGUCAUGCAAGUGUAUUUCUGUGGUCAAUCAACGCUCUUGGUACGCUUGUUCCGUUUUAAGUCUAUUCGGGUGUGUAAUUACUCAGUAGGUAGAGUAGCAACUCGAUGUAUCAACAGCUGAUACAAGACUAUCAGCUGUUGAUCCAAAUCUGUAGCACAGAUGGUUUUCUAGACAGAUUGUAUGUAUAAGUGUUUGCCCCCUUUCUGAUUUCUUCUUUUUUUGCAUGUCUGUCACAUUUCAAUGUUUCAGAUUAUCCCAAAAAUGUAAAUAUUAGUCGAUGACAACACAACUGAACACAGAUGCAGUUUAAAUGAAACUUUUAUUAUUAAGUGAGUAAAAAAAUCCAAACCUACAUGGACCAGUGUGGGGAAAAAGUCAAAACGGCCAUUUCUAAAGCUUCGUGAGUCCAGCGCACCACAGUGAGAGCCAUUAUCCACAAACGAAAAAUCACGGAACAGAGGUGAACCUUGCCAUGAGUGGCCAGCCAACCAAAAUUACCCCAAGAGUGCAGCGACGACUCACCCAAGAUGUCACAAAAGACCCCACAACAACAUGCAAAAAACACACUUGCCUCAGUUAAGGUUCAUGACUCCACCAUAAGAAAGACACUGGGCAAGAACGCCCUGCGUGGCAGAGUUCCAAGACGAAAACCACUGCUGAGCAAAAACAACAUCUCAAUUUUGCCUGAAAACAUCUUGAUGAUCCCCAAAACCGUUAUCCUUGACUAAUAUUUACAUUUGUAGGAUGAUCUGAAACAUUUAAGUGUGACAAACAUGCAAAAAAAGUAAGAAAUCAGGAAGGGGGGUAACACUUUUUCACACCGCUGCUGUUCUCUAUCUUGUAGGUUUCCCAGCCAUGUUUAUAAGCACCUUUUUGAUGUCAGCUGCAAGGAGUAAGUGUUACACGUAAUGCAUUAUUACAUUCGGUAAGGCUUUUAAGGCCACAAUUAUGCAAUUAUGCACUCUGUCCAUUGCUAUGUGUGUCACAAAUGCAAUCAGAUUCCAAAGUUAUCUUCCACAGUAUUUAGUCUAUGUGAGUAGCAAAUGUUGUCAAUGGCAGUGCAGCUCAUCUCUUGAAUGUAUGUUUCAAUAAACACAAUUUUACUGUAA